AUGUCGGUGGAUGGAAAUCCACCAUGGGGCUCCCAGGUGGAUCCCCCUGGUCGUAGCAACCGGAGAACAAUGCCCUCCUGGAUGGACCGUGACGGAAUGCACGGGGACGUCCAGUUCUUGGUUCUAAAACCGACACCCAACGCCAAGCUGCCAUCUAAUCCAUUUAUCAUCGCCAAGACUAUCGACCAAGCUGUUGGCCGAAUUGAAGCUGCCAAUCCCACCGACGGUGGAACCAGCUACUUACUGAAGGUCCGUAGCCAGGAACAAGCCACCAAACUAAUCCGCAUCGAUCAACUCAUCGAUGGAACCCCCGUAUCUAUCAUCUCUCACCCAACUCUCAACACCACCCAAUGUGUUGUCUCCUGUCGGGAGGCGGCAGGCAUGUCAGACAAGGAUCUCACCGAGGAGCUGGCGGAUCAGGGUAUCACCCGAGUCUACCGCUUCUUGAAAAAGUCUAAUGGAAAGGAUGAACCAACCAACACCAUGGUCCUCACCAUUAGAGGAACCGUACCCCCAACCCACGUCUUCUUCGGCUACGUCCGAGUUCCCACAAGACCGUACUACCCUCGCCCUAUGAUGUGCUACAAAUGUGGCAAAUUUGGCCACACAAAACAGCGUUGCCAACAUGCCGAAAUGUGCCUUGCUUGUGGUGAACCUGGACCACACCCAGACUGCAAAAAAGAUCCCAAAUGUCUCAACUGCGGAGGACAACACACUGCCAUAAACCGCACUUGCCCGAAGCAGCAGGAAGAGCAAUCAAUCGUUCGAAUCCGUGUUGACCUGGGAGUUUCCCAGGGUGCAGCCAUAAAAGAAUUCCAGUCCCGAUGUGCUGCCGCCAGAAAUGCCAGCUCAGUUCAACUUCGUCUAGACACAGCCAGACGUGCCACCGUCAACGACGAGAAGGACCGCCGAAUCCAACAAUUGGAAAAACAAGUCGCUCAACUUACUGCCCUGCUAAACAAACAUCAAGAAAGUUCCAGACCAACAACCGAUACCGAAGGAGACACAUCCGACUCUGAUGCAACCAUGACAUCAGAAACCAGCUCCGCUCCGGCCACGCCCAAACGGAACAGGAACCGUGGAUCAUCAGAGGAUCGAAGCCCAACAUCUGUAGACCUGAAAAAGAAAAAGCCCCUACCAACAAAUGGACCCAAAUCUGCCAACAACCGGAACUCCCGAAGCAACAACUAG